UUCGCUUUUCCCUCUACCUCUCGGCUUCUCCCUCCCUUUUUUCCGCAAUUUUCAGAAUCUCAUGCCAUAUCUAUGGCUUCCACAACUAUGGUUCCUUCCUCUUCCAACGAUAGUUACCGCAUGAAUCCUCUUCCGAUUAUAGAUCUCCGUCUCCUCUCCCAAUCCGAGCUCCAUUGUCUUUCCCGUUUCUCCUCCUCCUCAUCUUCUUCUUCAACCUCCCAAUCCAACAACGAAGACGACGUUCUAAUCCCCAAAAUCGAUCGAUCUGUCUUCAACGAGUCCGCCGGUAGCCGAAAACAAACCUAUUCCCGUCUCCGUUUAGCCCCUCGCAAACCCCAAUUUUCUUCCUCUUCUUCCUCCUCCACAAUUCGCCCUCAAUCCUCCGACCGCCUCGAUACAGAGAGCGCUCAAAUUGUUCAUCUCUUUAAUCAACUCUUUGUUGGAGAUUCUCAUUGUGCCGUCAACGAUAGUCACGGCGACGGAGAUGAAGACCUGGUCCUUGUUAACCAUACUUACGAUGAAUCGGUACCGGAUUCUUCUUACGCUAUCUUCCAGAGUAUUCCUGUGGAUGUUAUCGAUAGCAGUCACGCUCCGAUUAAGCGUCGUAGAGGACGACCGCGGAAGGAUAGCAAUCGGUUUGUUCAGAGCAAUGGAAAUGCGGCUCCGGAAUUCAAAAGCGGAAGCGAUAAACCGGCGGGCGCGGCGGCAGAGGAGGAGAUCGUAAUGGUAAUGCUGUGAACCUGGUCGCUUCGACCUACCUUUAGAUGAUCAUAGUUCUUUAGGAGCUCAAGCAGACGAGGGCGGAAAUGUAGACUAAGCUGAAGUGUAUAGAUUCUUUAGCAAUUGGUUAAGAUUAACCUAGAUCACGAAGGAGAAUGAUUUUGAAUCCUUUUCUAGAUAGAAUUGGCUGGAAACUUUUGCUCUCACCAGAGAGACGACGAGGGUCUAUUGAUGCUGAUACUCAAAUAUCUCAAGUCAUGGCUCUUACUUACACACCUUGCUGCUUAUUGGAGUUGUUAAGAUUACAAUUUUGGUCACUCAAGUAGGGAAAAAAUAGUGUGAAUAGUUAGUAUCUCAUCAAACUGAUUUUUAGUUGGACUAUCCCUUUGCUCAAACCACUCAAGUGCUUGAGCCAAAUUGGGCUGUGUAAUUGUAACAAGAUUUGUACUCUUCAUUUGCUUGAAUUUAUUUCAUUGGAAAAUCACUCACUUUGUUCCUAUUA